AUGGGCCCGUCCAGGCCGGGCGGCGCAUGCGCCUCAGAGGUGGCGAGCGGCAGGGGCCGGCCCGGCGGGUCAGCUGUGGAGGGUGUAGUAGGGGCGUUCUCCUCUCAGAGCCAACCGGCUCUAGCGGGGCCCCUGGCAGCCGGACUUGGCGUGAGGCGUGUUCGCCGGCGAAUUCCGCCGCAGCUCUUCUGGGGUGGCCGCGAGGAGGCGGGUUGCUCUGCUGUCCUCCAUCACCUUCUCCUAAAGAUGCAUCCUGACUUAUCUCCACACUUGCACACUGAAGAAUGCAACGCCUUGAUUAACUUACUUAAGGAAUGUCACAAAAAUCACAGCAUUCUGAAAUUUUUUGGUCAUUGCAAUGACCUUGAUCGGGAGAUGAGAAAAUGCUUGAAGAAUGAGAAAAUAUUACCAGACUGGGUAGUGUUUCCUUUUAAUAGCUGGUAUUGA